CGCCGCGUUUAGCCCCUCUUCGGUCCUCUGCUUCCUACUUCCAAGUGGACAGACAGAGAGAGAGGGAGGGAGAGAAGGAGGAGAGAGAGGAGGCCAAGAUGGUGCAGCGAUUAACGUAUAGGAAGCGCCACAGCUACGCCACUAAGUCGAACCAGACUAGGGUUGUUAAAACUCCAGGUGGGAAGCUUGUCUACCAGUACACCAAGAAAAGAGCGAGCGGGCCGAAAUGCCCGGUGACUGGCAAGAGAAUCCAAGGGAUUCCUCAUUUAAGGCCUGCUGAGUACAAGCGGUCCAGAUUGUCUAGAAACCGGAGGACCGUGAACCGUGCUUAUGGUGGUGUUUUGUCUGGAAGUGCAGUCCGAGAAAGGAUCAUUCGAGCUUUUCUGGUUGAAGAGCAGAAGAUUGUUAAGAAAGUUUUGAAGAUCCAGAAGGCAAAAGAGAAGCAAGCCUCAAAGAGCUGAUACAGAAAAAAAAGCAAAAUGCUUUUGAGUUGUUGUUACUCAGAAGAAAUUUUUGACUUUAUGGGCGAUGAUUAAUGAUGCAAAAUGAUUGGGUGGUAGUGUGAUGAGGCUACCGUCUCAUUUAGAGGUUUGUUUCCUAUAGUUGCUAUGGAUUUCAUUUGUAGAAGUUUUUGGGGGCAUCUGUUACCUACCUUGCUUUGUGCUGAUUAUUUGUUAUGUUUGAACCUUCCAUUUCUUGAACUGUCAGAUGGUAAUGCUUUCUUGAACUCUUUUUUUUUUGUUC